AUGGUGAAAAUAAAUUCAAGGGUUACCUUUGAGAGUGAGACAUUAUAUAGUGUCUAUGUAGCGAUUAGACAUAAAUGCUCAACUGUGGCACAAUUAGUUCAAACUCUUUCAGAAAGGAAUGCUUUGAAAUAUUCCACUCUCGUAGUAGCCAUCACUUCAGAUCCUACUCCUCUUCAAUUUCUGGCCCCAUAUUCUAAGUGUGCUAUGGGAGAAUAUUUCUACGAUAAUGGAAUGCACGCAUUAAUAAUCUAUGAUGAUCUUAGUAAACAGGUGGUGGCAUAUCAACAAAUGUCAUUAUUGCUACACCGACCACCAGAUCGUGAGGCUUUCUUAGACGAUGUUUUCUAUUUACAUUCCCGUCUCUUAGAAAGAGCUGCUAAGCGAUCGGACCAAACAGGUGUAGGUAGUUUAACUGCCUUAUCCGUCAUUGAAGCACAAACUAGACCUAAUCGUUCGUGUGGAGAUAUGUAA